AUUUUAAAAAUGAAAACUUGUAUAGCAAGUAUUCACCAGAUUUGACCACACAACCUUGAGACAGGUCUGAGGUUAGUGUUAUCAUUAUCUUCCACAAUAACAAAUUAUUGGCCAAUUCGCAAGAACUUUUUACCGGUCAUUCGGAUACGGUUACUUUAACAGAAAACACUUGUCAGCCGCCAGAACUCGAAGAAUUUCAUUAAUCAACCAAAAUGGACGAAUCUGAUUAUUUACGACGCUUAGUAUUGAUCACUUUACUUUGUGUGCUCCCGUCAGUUUAUUGUAAAGAUAUCUGUGUAAAGAAAACUCCAUGCAGAUGUGAGUUUCCUAACGGCACUUAUAUUGACUUGACUCCAUCUGCUAAUAAUAUUGCCUUUAAAACUUUGACAUCCCUCACGCCACGAUCACAAGAUGAAGCAACGCUAACCACUUAUUACUAUCAUCCUUGUCAUGAUAUAACGAUGAACACAUUGAACACAAAGGACUCCAUUACUAGGAACAAUUGCGACAAACCUUCAGCGUUGUGUCGGCAUGGGAGCGUUUGGAACAAAACUCGUCCAGAUACUCUGAUCAAGUUUGAAGAAUAUUACGAAUAUAUUGGGAGCUCUAAUGACUUAGAGUUUGCUGAGGACGGAAGUUACAUUAAAUAUCUUAAUAAGCCAUCGCAAGCAUUAGUGUUUUUGGUUUGCGCGGAAAGUGACGACCAAUUAGAAAUUAAGGAUUUAUCGGACCCGAGCUCACUUGAGUUGAUAUUCUACUCAAGGAAUGCAUGUUUAAAACCGGAACAUAGUAAAGUUGAUAUUUCCGCCUGGGACUUUCCUUUAAUGCAGAUUGCCUGUCGGACGCUACUCCGCAUGAGUAACGCAGAAAAUUCGACGACAACCACGCUCUUGUAGAAAUAAUAAGUUAUACAUAUAAUGCGUUAACCAGGGAGAUCACCCUUUUACUAUUAAGUCACAAAUAAAACUACUUCGUUUA